UGUAAGUGGUCAAAUAAAGUGCAUCUUAGUGAUUCUCUUGUGGAUCCUGUUCUUCCUCUUCCUAUUCUUCUCACUUCAUGAGUUUCAGAUGGGUUGUCCUGAUUCACAAGAAGCUUGUGCACAUUCACUGAAGGAGGAAUUACGUCUUCGAUGUAAUGAAGUCAUGCAGGUGGCCAUGGAAAUGGCUGUGUCAGAUUCUGACUCACACAAAUCUAAACUGUUCUUCAUUUACCAGCCAAUUGCAAAUGAACCGUCUGCCAUUGGUGGCACACAGAAAAACUGUGUUCAUAGAGAUGAAAGUUUUGAUACAUUGAUAUCUCAAGUCAGCAAUGGACUCAAUAUUGGAGACAAAAAACAGAAUUUUGCUGCAUACAUAUUAAGCAACUGAUGAUCAGCUAGAUUUGGGAUCCUACAUUACACAGAAAAUGACUCAUCAAAUUACUCAGGCUUAUAUUUAUUCUCUUUUUUAAUUCGAUUAAGUGCUAAUGUCUAUACUAAAUCUCUCCUUUUUAUAUUUUUUAUAUUUGGAGUUUAGGAAGAAAAUUGUUAACAAAGAACAUCUAUACUCUCCAGCAACACAGCCUGGGACAACCACCUGCAUGGGAAAAAAACAAAAGUAGAAACUAGGGAGCUCCUCUAAAGGCAAAUGGAGUGAGGGCUAGCAGUUCCUCAACUACACUUUUUGGAUGCAAAAAGCUGAAAGCUGGGCAUAGAAGAUGAAGGCAUUCUCCUUUUUGUGAAAUAGAAGGGAAUCAAACCUAAAAAAAUGUAGUUUUUAUAAAUCUAUUCGUAUUGUAUAACCUACUAAUCAUAUGUUAACAAAAAAAAUUAUAAUAAUGCUAAAAUUACAAA